AUGGGUAAUGAAUCAGGACCCCGAAAUACGUUACCAAUCCCGGAAAUUCAACCUCCAGCGCGAGCAGUGGGAACGUUCGUCGACUAUUCACAGUGGAUUCCAUCGUUUUCUGACAAGAUAAGCCCGUUGAUGGAAAAGGUGAAAUCCCCAAGUCCGGAAUAUCUGCGAGUCGUACUCGAAGCACUCAAGAAAAAUAUCGAAAACGCUACAGCUACAGCGCACUAUGACACACUACUGAUUGUUGAAACCAACGCUUUAGACAUUGACACUACUGCAUCACUCAGCGACUUAACUUAA